GCUCCAUGAAGACAGUACAAAGGUUUGAGCCACCCAGCUUAGUGUGGUGCCCCCUUCAGCUUUGUGCUAUUGAUUCUCCCACCCCUAAUGCUGAUCCUGCUUUUUGUAUUUCUGGUGUUGUACAUGUACAUGAUUGUGUAUGCCCAUAGCAUGUUCUUUUCCAUGCAACCCCUGAGGGGGUGUUGCAAAAAGGCAGCAUUCUUAGCUGUUGCUGCAUGUUUGCUCCUCUCUGUCGGGGGCUGUAGCAACUCAGGGGAUGCUUCUCGGUUGUCGCCAGGUAAAAGAAAGGUCAUUCCCAUAAACAUCAUCACUAACAGUAGAAAGUCCAGAAUGGUGAAAUAGGUUAGUAUGGAUGGGCUUUGAGAUAAAUGGGAGUUUAGUGUACUUAUGGAGUUGGUUACCUGCAUAGGGGGAACAGUGUGUGUUUUCUCUCCUCCCCAAGAGCUUUACAGUGAGUGGAAUCCAACCAAAUGGCACCGUGGUAUAUAGUAUGUGCCCCAAUAAAAAGGGUUUGUAUUCCUCCUAUCUUUGUAUCUUUCACCCCUUCGCCUAUUAUAAGUCCAGAUUCUUCACAACACUGCAAUUUCCCUGAGUGGGCUGAAGAGCCUUUGUUGAUUCUUGCCUAGCAGUGAACUUUUAAUGUAGAUUUACUACCCAGGUUAUUUUCUGUUUAGGAAGUGGCAUAGGUUUAGAGAGUAAGUGUGAUCUCAUUUGUACAUGUUUGGAUUUGUAUAUGUUACUGAGUGAAAUGAUGGUAGGAUUGGCCCAGUAUGUAGGCCACUAUUGUAUUAGAAUUACAUAACAAUGCUUGAGUGGUAGAAACUGAUGAAAAGACUGGGAUGUUCAGAGUCCCUUUACAGAUUAUAGCCUGCCACAAUGAAGACGGCUCAAGCUCUGCAGCGAAUGUGGUCGCAUGCUGUGAAAAAGUUGAGGAUUUUAAAAUGGCAUGCCCCAGGCAUGGAAGAGCUGAUAUGGGAACAGUACACAGUGACCUUGCAAAAGGAUUCAAAGCGAGGGUUUGGGAUUGCAGUUUCUGGUGGCAGAGACAACCCUCAUUUUGAAAAUGGAGAAACAUCCAUAGUGGUCUCAGAUGUUCUUGCUGGUGGCCCAGCAGAUGGAUUACUUCAGGAAAAUGACAGAGUGGUCAUGGUUAAUGGAACACCUAUGGAAAAUGUGCCCCAUUCAUUUGCUGUGCAGCAGUUAAGGAAAAGUGGGAAAGUGGCUGUCAUUGUAGUAAAAAGACCUUGUAAAGUACAGGCUCCACCUGUCAGAAGAAGCCCCUCUCUUGACUAUGAUUAUAGAGCCUUUGAAGUCAUGGAUAAUCGUGCAGACUUUGAUGGCAGAAGUGCUCGAAGUGGCUACAGUGAAAGAAGUUGGCAUAGUGGACAUGGAGGACGUAGCCAGAGUUGGGGAGAUAGCCUUGAUACGGGCUACAGAUUUUCACAAGAGAGGGGGCGGAACCGCAGCAGAGAGCGCAGCUACAGCCGGGAUCGAAGUCGGGGCCGGAGCAUGGAUAGAGAGAGAAGCUUGGACCGCGAGUACCAAAGACCCCGAAGCAGAGGCAGAAGUGUUGACAGAGAUGAUGCGUAUGACCAUGGCUAUGGUGGUGGGAGGAGUCCACCAAGAGAUUAUGGUUGGAGAUCUCGUCCUGACCCUCCAUAUGAGAAGGAAGCAAAGAGUGGGAGCCGAGGCAGGCUUAAUUCCCCCAGUCCUCCCCUUGAAUUGCAACAGCAGUAUGAGUAUGGACCAGAGCAGGACCCACAUGGGCCAGUGAAUGUUCUUCUCACAAAAAGCAGACCAAAUGAAGAAUAUGGUCUCCGGCUUGGAAGUCAGAUUUUCAUCAAAGAAAUGACCAGUACAGGACUGGCAACGAAGGAUGGCAAUUUGCAUGAAGGGGACAUCAUUCUCAAAAUCAAUGGUACAGUGACAGAGAAUAUGUCUUUAUCUGAUGCCAGAAAACUGAUUGAGAAAUCAAGAGGAAAACUUCAGCUGGUUGUCCUGAGGGACAGAAAGCAAACCCUAAUCAACAUUCCUUCCAUGCAUGACAGUGAGUCAGAAAUAGAAGAUAUUUCAGAAAUAGAAUCAAACCGGUCCUGCUCCCCUCAGGAUGAGAGAAGACCAUAUCAUUCUGACUUAGACUCACAUUCUUCCAAUGAAAAGCUAAAGGAGAAAGCCAGUACAAAAGAAGAUCCAACCAAUAAACUGUCCAGGAUGGGAGCACUGCCCACCCCUUUUAGAUCCAUGGGUGAUCUCGCUACUGCUUCAAUGCCAGAGACAAAUGGUGAACCAAAGUACCAAGAUGAUCCCCCAGUUGCUCAGCCAAAAACUGCCCCAAGAACAUUUCUUCAGCCAAGUCCUGAAGACCUAGCAAUAUAUGGCCCCAGUACAAAAAUGGUGAAGUUCAAGAAAGGAGACAGCGUGGGUAUCCGACUGGCUGGCGGGAAUGAUGUAGGGAUAUUUGUUGCUGGAAUUCAAGAAGGUACUUCAGCAGACCAGGAAGGUCUACAAGAGGGGGAUCAGAUUCUUAAGGUCAACAGUCAAGACUUCAGAGGUAUUGUUCGAGAAGAUGCAGUUCUUUAUCUGUUGGAAAUUCCCAAAGGUGAUGUUGUAACAAUUCUGGCCCAGAGCAAAUAUGAUGUUUAUAGAGACAUAAUGGCCUGUGGCAGAGGUGACUCUUUCUUCAUAAGGACCCAUUUUGAAUGUGAAAAGGAAACUCCACAGAGCUUAGCAUUCACCAGAGGGGAGGUCUUCAGAGUGGUUGAUACACUCUAUGAUGGAAAAUUGGGGCACUGGCUGGCCGUAAGAAUCGAGAGUGAAUUGGAAAAGGGUCUGAUUCCAAAUAAGAGCAGGGCUGAACAGAUGGCCAGUGUUCAGAAUGCUCAGAGAGAUGGCUCUAGUGAUCGGGCAGACUUCUGGCGGAUGCGAGGCCAACGAUCUGGAAUGAAGAAGAAUUUAAAGAAGAGCCGUGAAGAUUUGACAGCCAUUGCAUCUGUUAGCACUAAAUUUCCAGCCUAUGAACGAGUUAUGCUCCGGGAGGCCGGUUUUAAAAGGCCUGUGGUACUGUUUGGUCCCAUUGCAGACAUAGCAAUGGAGAAGUUGUGCAGUGAGCUGCCCGAGCUCUAUCAAGCAGCAAAAACAGAACCUAAAGAUGCAGGCUCAGAGAAAUCCACUGGCGUUGUACGUUUGAACACUGUGCGGCAAAUUAUUGAGCAGGAUAAACAUGCUUUGUUGGAUGUGACUCCCAAAGCUGUGGAUCUGUUAAACUACACUCAGUGGUUCCCAAUUGUAGUAUUUUUCAACCCAGACAGCAGACAGGGUGUGAAAAUCAUGAGGCAAAGGUUGAUUCCCACAUCUAACAAGAGCUCACGGAAGAUUUAUGAUCAAGCAAAUAAGCUGAAAAAGACUUGUUUGCAUCUUUUUACAGCUACCAUUGACUUAAAUUCAGCCAAUGAUGGCUGGUAUGGCAGUCUCAAAGAUACUAUUCAACAGCAGCAGAGUGAAGCAGUUUGGGUUUCAGAAGGAAAGCUGGAAGGAAUGGAGGAUGACAUUGAAGAUCGUAUGUCAUACUUAACAGCCAUGGGUGCUGACUAUCUGAGCUGUGAUAGCCGAUUGAUCAGUGACAUGGAAGACACUGAUGGAGAAGGUGGGGCAUAUACAGACAACGAGCUUGAUGAACCUUUCUAUGAGCCAACAGUCUCUUCCAUUAGUCGGUCCUCUGAACCAGUGCAGCAUGAGGAGAGUUUUAGGAAAUCCAGCCCUGAACCAAGAACUCAAAUGAGAAGAGCUGGUAGCAGAGAAGUUCUGAGGGACCCCAGCCCACCUCCAGCAUUCAAGCCUGAACCCCCAAAGGGUAAAAUGCAAAACAGAGAAGAUCCAUAUGAUGUCCCCAAAAAUUAUGAACCCAGAACAAACAGCCCUAAUGCUGAAACUUCUGGAGUACCAGCUAAAUUUGUUCCUCCCCCUGUAGCUGUCAAGCCUACUUUUGGCCGUCCUAAACCAAAAUCCUCUCAACCAGCUGUUCCACCAGUCGAAGUGGAGGAGAAAUCCGUGGAAGGUUUAGAGGAACACGGGAACACACCAAAAUCAGUGCUGGGGAAAGUUAAAAUAUUUGAAAAAAUGGACCACAAAGCAAGGCUUCAAAGAAUGCAAGAACUGCAAGAAGCACAAAAUGCCAGGGUGGAAAUAGCUCAGAAACACCCAGACAUUUAUGCUGUCCCAAUCAAAACACAGAAGCCAGAGCAAAACUGGUCCCAGACAGCAAGUUCUAGACUUCCAGAACCUCAGAAACAAUCUGCUAGAUCUUACCUAGAUAAACAAGGAAGUUACGGCAGUGAUGCAGAGGAGGAAGACUAUCGAAAACAGCUCUCUGAUCAGUCUAAACGUGGAUACUAUGGGCCAACAUCCAGAUACAGAGAUACGGAAUUAUAGAUUCAUUGGCAGCCCUAGAAUCAUGGUUUUGAAACCACUUCCACAGCCAAAAUGGAACCCUGGCUUCUUUCAAGAGUUGUAUGUAUAUAUGGGGUUACCGAUAAACUCAGUAGGUUUCUACACACUGGAAUGACAGAACUUCAUCUAAAUAAGGGAGAUAAUGUCUCACUGUUGCCUGAACGCUGUUGCCUAUUUUGCAGGACCACCAAAAAUCUAUUUUAAAAGUUUGUAUUGAUUUCUGCAAUCUAUGUAUUUUUAACUUUUCCACAUUCAAAUUGCCUUUUUAAACUAUUCUUUUUAUGGUGACAUGAUGGAAACUUGAUUUUAAAAAAAUACACAGCGCUUUAGUGCAAGAAAAAUGAAACAAAGUGCCUUUCUAACAAAACGUGUCUUCAAUUGUUCUCAUCUGAUGCUUGUGCAAAGCCAUAAUGUUUCUGUAGCCUAACUUUUGUAUGUUUCAUGGCUACCAUUUUGCCCUUGGAUGCUAUUUUUCUACUUUAAAUAGACCUCUGUACAAUUUUUCAUAAGCAAUAACUGUACAUGUGAAGAACUGCCUGGCUGGCUGCAACAAGGCCAGAGAACACUGAAAUUGAAAAAUUAUGUAGAAAAUGAAGUUUGUGUCUUAAACCCUUGAGUCAUAGCAUAAUAAAGGGUUAUAUUCUACAAAUAA